GGGCUCUGUCCCGCCGAGGCGGCGACUUCGGUAGGAGGGCGGAGGUUUUGGACGCGCUGGCCCCCACCGCUGUGCAGAGUUAUUUCCCUUCAAAAUGAACUAUAUGCCCGGCACCGCCAGCCUCAUCGAGGACAUUGAUAAAAAGCACUUGGUCCUGCUUCGAGAUGGAAGGACACUUAUAGGCUUUUUAAGAAGCAUUGAUCAAUUUGCAAACUUAGUGCUACAUCAGACUGUGGAGCGUAUUCAUGUGGGCAAAAAAUACGGUGAUAUUCCUCGAGGGAUUUUUGUGGUCAGAGGAGAAAAUGUGGUCCUACUAGGAGAAAUAGACUUGGAAAAGGAGAGUGACACACCCCUCCAGCAAGUAUCCAUUGAAGAAAUUCUAGAAGAGCAAAGGGUGGAACAGCAGACCAAGUUGGAGGCAGAGAAGCUGAAAGUGCAGGCCCUGAAGGACCGAGGUCUUUCCAUUCCUCGAGCAGAUACUCUGGAGGAGUACUAAGUCUUGCCCAGAGGCUGUUGCUCUUGAAGAGUAGGGGCUGUCACUGAGUGAAAGUGACAUCCUGGCCACCUCACACAGUUGAUCAGAGACUGUAGAGUUUUGAAAAAUCACUCUUAUUUUUCAUUCUUUUACACAUGAAACAUGAAUAAAUCAUGUAGGUGGGUUUUUUUUUUUAAAUAGCAAAAUCAUUGUUUCAAGAAACAGUGGCAUAGACUCCUUCACAUGUCACUGGCACCAGCAACUACUUUAUAUUGUUCUUUGUGUCCCGAAUUAGAGUUUACAGGGACAUUCUUCAUUUACUUGUAAAUAAAAUAUGAAUCUCAAAA